CACUCAUCUGAUAUAAAAUAUCUGUGACACUGAUUUUGUACAAAAUGUCUUCAGUGCUGUGUUGACAAAAAUAAAAUUUUGUGAUUUUAUACCUCUGUGUGUCGUAAAGAGUGUUAUUUUAUUAAUCUACCUACGUUAUAGAAUUAGAAAGUAAAAAUGUAUUACAAAUAUGUGCUUAUAACUUUUGCAGCUACCUGUGUCUUACUUGUAUCAGGCCAGUCAUACGAAGACAAAAGAUGCAAGUGUGUCUGCCCUAGUCCGUCAGCGGUGCUCAACAACACCGCGGGCUCCGACAGGAGACUCUACAUAGCCAAUGUUCAACCAGAUAAAUGCAACUGUGAGGUGGUCAUCCUGCCCCGCGUAGCCGAUGACAUAAGAGGUCACGAACAAGAGUUCUGCCCGCUAUGCGAAUGCAAGUACGAGAACCGAAACACUACUAUUAUAAAGGUGGUGGUGAUAAUAGUGAUCUGGGUGAUAAUGCUGCUGGUGGUCUACAUGGGUUUCCUGAUAUGCCUGGACCCACUCAUCAACAAGAGGGCCAAGGCCUCGUACCAGGAGCACACAAAUGAAGACGAUGAAGGCACAAUCAGCGGCCCCUCUCAGCCGAUGGGUGCCCGUGGGAACGUUCUCAACCGCGUAACGCACCAGCAGGACAAAUGGAAGAGGCAGGUUCGCGAACAACGGCGUAACAUAUACGAUAGACACACCAUGCUUAAUUAGCCUACUCUCCAGCCUUGCACAGGCUUUUCUGGGGCCGUCGAGUGAUGGUCUCAUCGGAUCUUUUUUUUUUGCAAAAGGAAUUAGGUAAUAAAUCGUCACUUAGCAAAAAGCCAACAACAUACCUAUAACAAUUUUGAAGCUAUUUUUUUUUUAAAUCACUAUGCUUUGCUCAUUCAGCUGACGUUUUGGCCUUGAACAAGCUUUUUGGAGCUGCCGAGUGAUGGUCUCAUCGGAUCAUGUCUUUUUGCAAAAGGAAUUAGGUAAAAAAUCCUCACUUAGCAAAAAGCCAACGUACCUAUAACAAUUUCGAAGCUAUUUUUUUAAAAUAAUCACUAUACCUUGGUCAUUCAGCUGUCGUUUUGGCCUUGAACAAGCUUUUUGGAGCUGUUGAUUGAUGGUCUCAUAGGAUCUUGUCUUUUUGCAAAAGGUACACAUAAAGUUAUUAGAAAUCAUCGUCUCAUAUAGCCAAGAAUUGAUAUCAGGGCUCAUUUAGUUUACCCAUUUAGUUGGCCUUAGGCUUUUUGGGGCCUUGUCAACUGGUUGGAGUUCAAGUUUCAAUUAAGGAUUUAAAUUAGAAAAGUUCAAUUAAUUAAGGAAGGAAUUUUUAUUAGGAACCACACGGCACAGUUGAAGUGUUAAAUAUGAAUGCUUUAGAAACGGCAUUGAUCAUAGUAUAUAAUGACACCUAAAAUAAAAUGUAUGGUUUUUUAGGUGUACGAAAACUUGUGCGAUUAGGUUUUCUGGGAGAUGUUCAAAAGGGCAUUUUGAGCGUUCAUUGGUAGCUGGUAAGUCUUAAAGUGUUCAGCUAAAUAAAGAAUCUUCUGAAGCUUUCCUCGUUCACUAUAAUAAUAUUUGUGAAACUACUUAUAUUAAUUUAAUAAUAAUAACAUUGCCUAUCCAAUGUCUUAAGGCUAAAUGCAGAUGUAAAACUGAUUGCAAAAACGAUUCAUUAAAUGUACAAAUAACUCAAUUUUUCGCAAUAAUGUGAAUUUAGAAUUUGCGUACCUAAUGGUAAAAAGAGGAACCCUAGUGAAAUAUCAAGAAAGAUAUUAAAAAAGCCGAGAGAAUAUCUCGGUUUUUCAAAUUCAUCUCUAAUCCAACCUAAGAAACUUUUGGAACUUUGGUGGUUUCAAAAAUUGGUGAAUAUAUAUAUUUCGGAAAAUCCUAAAUUUGCUGAGCGCUUCAGACAUGAGCAGAUGUCACAUUGAGUAAUAAAUAAUAUCUUUAGCAAUAUUUUAUUUAAUGGCCUUUUUAGAUAUGUAAUAAUAUAUGUAGCCGAAGAUGAAAUUAUUUGCAUAUCCCUUUAGCCUUUUUGCACUAUUUUCUUAGGUAAUUCAUGUGUGAAAUUGUCAUUUUACUAUUGUUGUUGUCAAAUUGUCUAAUUGUGUACCUGAGCGGGGAAAAAUAUAUAAAAAAAUUUAAAAAAAAAUGUAUUUUUAAAUUUCGCGUUGCAUAGUAUAUAAAAUCGUAAUGUAACACAGUUUUUAACGUGAAUUUACAUUUUUUUCACGUUGCUUCCUCGAAUUCCAACGGUCGUGGAAGACGUCAUAAAAGCAAGUUUUAUGUGCGUUAUAACCUGUGUGAAUUACAAUUAAAAAGGCUGUAGUAUAUAGCAAUGUUAAAUAAUUACGACUAAAGAGUAUCUAUAUUUUGUAUCGCAACGCCGAUCAUAAGAUAAUCUAAACAAUGACGUGAAUUACACACAAAAUCGACAGUGCCUACCCUGUUUUUCCUAGACUUAUAAUAUCUAAAACUGUAACUUCAAGCAAUAAUGUAUAUUUUGUUAUAUGAUGUCAUAUGCCAUCAUAUACCAUAAGUUAAAUAAAUAAUCGUUAUUUUGCCUAUUUCAUGCAAAAAUGUGUGUAUACGCGUCACUGCUAAAUAAUAAAUACCGCUGAUUAUUAUCUAGUAUUAAACAGAAAAUGUACUGUAAAUAGACGUAGAAAAUAAGGCAGACUAGGUGUGGCUUGAAAAAAGUGAAGCAUCGUAAUGGCGGCAUUUUCCGCAUGCGCGAGUGACAGAAAAUGCGAUAAUCUAUGACGUAAUGGCGGCCGAUUGUCACACUAUUGGUGACAAUGUGUGCUUGAGGCGUGUAUAUAUACAGCGGGCCUGUUGCUUCAUUUUGCCGUAUAGUAAAACUCCGUCCGCCUUUUUUCUACGUCUAUUUCACUGUUAUACCAAUAUACCAAUCUAUAGCAAUACCAUAGUAAUAAGAUGUCCUUUAUAAAACAAAUAUAUGUGGCAUAGAAAGAUAUAUUUACCUUUAGAUUUGUAUAAUUUUUGCUAUUGUAUAUUAGAAGUUGUGUGUGUAUUUAGCUGUAUUUAUCAAUAAUUUAGAAAUAACUCGUUUGUGUAUGUAUAUUUCGAGACGCUGUACAUGUUAUGAUUAUGAUUAUUACAGUAAUUAAAUUCCGAUUUGCUGACGUUUGAUAUACAUGAUUAUAUACUUUAAAUGAAAUUCAAAGAAGCUAAUAUAAUAUAAACUUCAUAUUUUCUUUGAUACAAUACUGUAGUUAUUCUCAUGCAAAUGUCAUUUGCCUGUUAGAUAGAAUGAAUAUUAUAUAUAGUGAGUGUAUAUAAUAUAUGAGCAUUAUCAUUAAGAUGUUUAAAUAGGUGGUAAAAUUUUAAUAUGUUCGUUUAUCGCUUUUUAGAUAACUCAAUUGUUGAAAAUAAAAAUAUCUAGUUAUGUAAGAAAAAAAUAUAUUAAAAUAACCAUUUAUCUCCAUUAUGUACUAGUAACCUAUUUGUAUCUUUAAAUUUAAGACUUGUCUAAUAAACGCGUUCCCACUUUUUUUUUACUGAGAAGAGUACAUUCUAUUUCGUAAAAUGAUAAAAUACAAAAAAAAUAUAUAUUAAAAUUUCAUUAUUAUGCAGCGUGAUCUUUGUUCACUUAGCUAAAGAUAAUCACUUUGAAAUAUAUUACAUUUUCCCAAAAAUAACACCUCAAAAUAAACAGAAAUAAAAAAAAAUAUCGUAAUCUUACCUAUCCUCAAAUCAAAAAACCGAGUUGUGUUUCAAUUUUUGAGAUUUUUAUAAUUAGUUUAAAAAAACGUGGGUAGUGUGAAUAACAUCAAAAAGUUUUAGUUAUUCUACUUCAAAGUUUUUUUUUAAUGUCUGAUAUUAAAUAUUUUUACUGAUUGAUAUAAGUGAGGAUGUUUUUAAUCUUUUCGUAAGAUUUCUUUUUUGUUUGUUUAUUAUAAUCAAAGGUCCAUAUUGUUAAGACUGAAGUGAGAUAUCAUUUUAUACCGGUGUCACCAUCAUUUAACUUCUUACUUUAGUCUAUUACUUAUAAUAUAAAAAUAAAAUUAUUUAAUGUAGACGUAAAAAAACAUGAUGACUAAUUAUUGUUUCGGUGUUAAUUCAUUUUGUUUCACUACAACUAAAACAUUGGUAAAAUAAUCUCAUAAAUAAACAAAAAACUGCCUCAAAUAUCCUACUAGUAUUAUAAAUGUGAAAGUUUGUAUUUCAGUAUAGAUGUUUGUUACUCUUUCACGCAAAAAAUACUGAACCGAUCACGAUGAAAUUUUGGCUGGCUAUGUCAAUGCCUACUAUUUAUCCCGGAGUUCCCGCGGGAUUGAUUCCACGCGUACGAAGUCGCGGGCGGCCUCUAGUAACGAAUAAAUAACACAUUAUCUGGACGAGUCCAAAACGCCUAAUACAUACCUCUACUAAUGUAAUGUAACGUAGCAUGUUAUAGUCCAAGAUCCCAGAGCCGUAAGACACAACUUAUUUUCUAAAGAAUGGAUCUUUCGAUUCUCAGUAGUCUUUCAUGUACUUUUAAUACCUGCAUGUUUGUGAGACUUGCCCGGUGACACCUGCGCAGGUACCAGGCGAGAAAGGUAACUAAAAAUCACAGUUACUUAACUUAAAUUUUUAUGACUGAUUUUUAUAUAUAUUUUAUAGACUAUUACUCUGAAGUCAUAUCAGAGAAGUCAGACGCUUUCCAUGCGCCAGAACUUUUGUCAGACGCUUUAAAGCUCUAUCAAAAAAAAAUUAACUUAAUUUAUUUUUAAAUGUCUGACUUUUAUAUAUGUUAUUCAGAUAACUAUUACAAAGUUGUAUUAAAUCAGUCAGACAGUUUGUAAUGACCAAACACCCCUUAAACACAAGAAUUACUCAGCCUCGAGUAUGAGCGCGAUAGCACAAUGCGCAUGCGCGUCAGAGUAAAAUAUCUAAUAUUUGAAAAGUACUUACUGUUUUCAAUUUCAUAUUUUUGCAUAUCUAUUAAAAUACGAUGAAAUUUAUAAUUAAAAUAAUAAUUAAUCAUUUUUAAAAUAAUAUAAUAUAUUGCAUAAUAGCUGUUGCCCGCGACGUCGUCCGCGUAAAGUUCGAGUUGAAUCUUAAUCAUACAGUCUGAUACAGACAGACAGACAAAAAAUGUAAAAAAAAUUCUCUAUUUGUUUCAGUCAAAAUAUUAAAUGUACAGACAAAAUAUUUUUACCGUAUGAUUAUAUGUAGUAUUUUGAUUUUCAGUUUUUUUAAUAAAUACUCAAACAACACAAAAAAAAUAUUUUUAAUAAAAAUUUAUAUAUAUCUUGUUAUUGUUGGGACUCGAACUCGGACCGCCAACUUCACAGUCUCACGCGCUAACCACUGGACCAUCGAAGCCGUUGCGGUGGUGUCGAAUUAAAGUAGACUACAUACAUAUGGUCACGUCUAUAUCCCUUGCGGGGUAGAUAGAGCCAACAGUCUUGAAAAGACUAAAUGGCCACGUUCAGCUAUUUGGCUUAAUGAUAGAAUUGAGAUUCAAAUAGUGAUAGGUUGCUCGCCCAUCGCCUAAAAAAGAAUCCCAAGUUUGUAAGCCUAUCCCUUAGUCGCCUUUCACUUAUAUUUAUAUGUUAUAGGUUUACUAUUACUAUACUAUUUUUUAAUUGUUUAUGAUUUUAUUUUUACGGAAAAUUCUGCCAGCAACGACAAUCUAACUGAUGAUGAGAACGAUGACUUGAGUGGACAGUAUAGAGAUUAAUAAAUGAUGAAAAUUCAAAUGAUUAUUUUGAUGAUGAAGAUGAUAAAGUGACAAUAAAAUAAUUAUUCAAUUGAUUAAUCAUAAUUAAUUAUAUUUUUAUUGAAAUUAUUAUAAUAGAUAUAUUUUUUUAAAUAAAAUAAAAAUCAUUCUUUUUGAAAGGCUAUUGCUACAAAAAAAUUAAUUUUCCCCUAUUUAUAUGCAAUAUAUUAUAUUAUUUUAAAAAUGAUUAAUUAUUAUUUUAAUUAUAAAUUUCAUCGUAUUUGAAUAGAUAUGCAAAAAUAUGAAAUUGAAAACAGUAAGUACUUUUCAAAUAUUAUUAGAUAUUUUACUCUGACGCGCAUGCGCAUUGUGCUAUCGCGCUCAUACUCGAGGCUGAGUAAUUCUUGUGUUUAAGGGGUGUUUGGUCAUUACAAACUGUCUGACUGAUUUAAUACAACUUUGUAAUAGUUAUCUGAAUAACAUAUAUAAAAGUCAGACAUUUAAAAAUAAAUUAAGUUAAUUUUUUUUUGAUAGAGCUUUAAAGCGUCUGACAAAAGUUCUGGCGCAUGGAAAGCGUCUGACUUCUCUGAUAUGACUUCAGAGUAAUAGUCUAUAAAAUAUAUAUAAAAAUCAGUCAUAAAAAUUUAAGUUAAGUAACUGUGAUUUUUAGUUACCUUUCUCGCCUGGUACCUGCGCAGGUGUCACCGGGCAAGUCUCACAAACAUGCAGGUAUUAAAAGUACAUGAAAGACUACUGAGAAUCGAAAGAUCCAUUCUUUAGAAAAUAAGUUGUGUCUUACGGCUCUGGGAUCUUACUCUAUUAUGUCUGGCAGCUACCUUUAUUUUCGCGUUUAUGGCUUAAGUCUUAAUAAAUGUUGUUCCAUAUUUUCACAUUCACUUUUCACAUAUUAAAAAAUCACGUUGUAUAUUUAAUUACGUGUAUUAUAGGUAUUGUAAUGUUAUUAACUAAUUUACAUUGUUUUAAGACUAUGCCAUCAUCCCUAUUUUGUAAAAUAAACUUUGGUUACAUAGUUAUAAAAGUAAUUCAAAAUGUUUUUUCAUAUUGUUUUUUUCUUCUCAUGGCUAAAAAUUAAUUUAAAAAUGUAUUUUACAACAAAAAGACGAAUCUAGAUUUCAGUUUCUACCUAAAGAAAUGGACUGUACGCUGAUACUUUGUUUUUUUUUAAGUGUAAAUAUUGCAUUGUGUUGCUUAGGUUAUAACGGGUGACCUUUUAAAAAGCGAUUUACUGAUGUAAAAUAUGAAACAACAACAAUGAAUGAAAAAUUGUAAAUCAUAAGUUAAGAUUUUUUUUACCAAUAUGGUAAAUUGACUCACAUAAAAUUCUAAAUCAUAUUGUUUGUUUUACUACCGAUUUUUGUUCAUAAUAAUCUUUCUUCAUAAUUUUAUUUGUCAUUUUUUAUUAUUACUACCAACAAGCUCCGUUGGUAACAGUUAGAGAUCAUAUUUUUUUAAUAAUUACGUUACAUUAAAUAAAAGAAAUGUAAAUCAAUUAAAUAUGGAUAAAUGAUUAUUGAUGAUUAAUUUUAUUGAUAUUUAUGAAUAUUAUAGUUAUUUUUCCGAAUAAUUGACUUUCGAUCGUUAGUAUUAAAAAAAACAAUUAUAUGCAAAUAAAUAAGUAUUAGUGAAAAACUAUAUAAGUAUGUUUAUAAUUAAUUGGUAUUAUGUUUUUAAAUGUUACGAGAAAUAUUUUCGGUACUCCAAUGAUAUGAUUUUAAAGUUUAGAAAGGAAAUGCGCAUCCAUAAGUCUCAUGGACUGAAUCUUAUAAAAAUAUCAAUACUGUUUUAAAAGUCACCCUGAAGUAAAUCUAUUGGUAAUUACUUGCUUUGCAGUAACUGAAUAAUUAAUAUGUAUGUAAAUAAAGAAUUGUAUAACCACUCAGUUUGGUAAUUAAUAAAAUAGAAAUUAAACCAA